AUGAGAUGUUUAAAAGCAAACAGCAGCAUCACUGAAAAUAUUCAGCGGAGAUUACGUAACGACUACGAAGAUGAGAAUGUUGGUUGUUCUGUUACUGUUCUCUUUUUGUGGCCUUCCAAGAAUGUGACGCUUGGUGGAGACGGGGAAGGCGUCGCAGCCCAUCUCAGCCAUCAAGUCCAGAUUCACCCCCAUGUAACCCGUCGAGACGUGUUGACAGAAUUUGACACAGACGAGGACAGAUAUCUGGACGAAACUGAGUUGGAGAAAUUACUCAGCGACCGAGACGUUCAAGACUUCAUGCAGACGUUUGAUGAAAACGGUGACAGUCUCCUUUCCAUUGAUGAAUAAGGAACAGCAGUGAUCAAUGAGAAUACAUUAUUGUUAGACUGAAAAACAAGAACAUUACAAGUUUAAAAUAAAACAGAUUUCAACAAAA